GGGGCGAAGACUUGCACCGUUGCGAUGAACGUGGCGCCAGUGAAGCCAUUGAUCAUGGAAGCAGCAAACAGAAUACUGGAGGAAUGGAGCAUCUGUGGAGGGAAAUGGACAGUGAUAGUUCAGGUCAAGACCUUUAUCAGGACAGGAAAGAAAGAUGGAGAUAUUACCAGUACAAAAUAAUUUCUGUAAGACAGUUUUAAGGCCAAGGUUUGAUCAGCCAAGUUCUAUGAGAACCAUACUUUUGUUUCUUAUGGUUUUUAUGUUUUGCACCUUCAAAGCCUGGUAGAACAAGAGUAGAUAUAGGUGAUCCCACCAGUUAUAAAUGACCUUCUAAAUCACAUACUAUCAUAACUUGAAAGUAUUUCUACUCCGUCAUUAUGGCUGAGUCAGAUUUAGCACACAGGAUACGAUUUACUUGCAUUUGGAAAAACAUGGGCUUACGAGGGUUACUUGGAUCGAUUUGUGCUGGAGAGGUCAUGGUCUACAAACUUGAUAAAGAUUUCUGAGGAGGCAGCAAAGAUGAUUGAUGACGGUAAGCUAGUGAAUGUUUUACUCAGGGACAUCAGUAUGCUAUUUGACAGUGUCACUCAAGGUAGGUUGAUCUAACACAUGUAGGAUCCAUGCUGACCUGGUAGAUUGGAUUCAAAAUUGCUUUAGCCAUGGAAAACAGGGUAUUAGAGGAGGGGUUUUCCUCUGACUAGAGGUUGGUGAGCAGAGAUGUUGCACAGGGAUCAGUGCUAGAACGGCUCUUGUUUCUGGAUGAAAUUUCUUCAAUGAAAAUCUGGAUAGACUGAUCAAUAAGUUUGCAAAUGACGCAAAUAUCGGUGGGGUUGUAGUUGGUGAAGGUGGUUGUCACAGCUCGAUAUAAAUUAGUUGGAUGUAUUGGUAGAGAAGUGGCAGAUGGGUUUUAAUUCAGAUAAGUUUGAGUGUUUCACAUUAGGAGGUCAAAUGUAAGGGGAAAGUAGUAAAUGGCAGAACCCUAAGGAGUAUUGGUAUCCAGAGGAAUCUUGUGGUAAAGUCUAUUGGUCCCUGAAAGUGGUAACACAAAUAGACAGGAUGACAAAGAAGAUGUGCUUUCAUUGGUCAGGGCAUUGAAUAUAAAAAUUGUGAACUCGUGCUGCAGCUGUGUUAAAACUUUGGUUGGGUCAUAUCUACAGCAGUGCAUCACUGCAUUACAGGAAGGAUAAGGAGGCUUUGGAGAAGGUGCAGAAGAGGUUGGACCACAAGACAUAAGAGCAGAAUUAGGCCAUUUGACCUGUCGAGUGUGCUCCGCCAGUCAGUCGUGGCUGAUCCUUUUUUUCCUCUCCUCAGCCCCAUUCCCUGGCCUUCUCCCUGUAACCUUUGAUGCCAUGUCCAAUCAAGAACCUAUCACGCUCUGCCUUAAAUACACCCUGCAACCUGGCCUCCACAGCUGCCUGUGGUAAUAAAUUCCACAAAUUCAUCACUCUCUGGUAAAGAAAUUACUCCGCUUCUCUGUUUUAAAUGGAACCCCUCUAUCCUGAGGCUAUACCUUUUUGUCCUAGACUCCCCCACCAUGGGAAAUAUCCUUUCCACAUCUAUUCUGGCUAGGCCUUUCAACAUUCGAAAGGUUUCAAUGAGACUCCCCCCUCAUCCUUCUAGAUUCCAGUGAGUGCAGACCCUGAGCUAUCAUGCGUACCUCAUAUGUUAACCUUUAUAUUCCCGGAACCAUCCUUGUGAUCCUUCUCUGAAACUUCUCCAAUGCAAACAUAUCUUUUCUUAGGUGAGGAACCCAAAACUGUUCACAAUACAUAAGGUGAGGCCUCACGUAUGCCUUAUAAAGCCUCAGCAUCACAUUCCUGCUCUUGUAUUCAGGCCCUCUUAAAAUGAAUGCAUUUGCAUUCAUUGCAUUGCAUUUGCCUUCUUCACCACCAACUACCUGCAAGUUAACCUUCAGGUUGUUCUUUACAAGUACUCCCAAGUCCCUUUGUAGUUCCGAUUUUUGGAUUUUCUCCCCAUUUAGAAAAUAGUCUGCAUAUUUAUUUCUAAUACCAAAGUGCAUGACCAUGCAUUUUCCAACAUUGUAUUUAAUUUGCCACUUUCUUGUGUUACGAAUGAGGAGCAACUCUGAUGUUCAGAAGGGUGCAAAGUUGCCCCCCCCCCCCUUUGAGAAUCGCAAAAUCGCUAUUAUUUCGGGUCUGAUACUCAGGAGAUGAGAGAGAUAAACAGCUCAUGUCAGUUAAUGAGAGAGAGACAACGCAGGGAUACACAAAGGUGGAAUGUCUCCUAUUGACAAAGAGAGAGAUUACUGCUAUUGUCUCUUGAAGAAGGAAUUGUGUAUUGAGUACUGGUCUAUUCAUUGAAGCUCCUCAGGGGGCAACCAGAGUGGUCUGGUUGAGGGAUUGCAUCAUCCCAACCUGAUUGACACCUGAGACCCCGUGAGUGGGGAUAAAAGUAGUGUCUGGGGAACACCCCUCAGACGCACCAGGAGAGAUGCUAUGAGACCGGUGGGGGCUUGUGUGUGUGUCCACCGUUGCCUGGGUGACGAGUCCUCCACGGAACGGUCUAGCUCAAAGACGAAGGGGUCAUACGUGAAUGGCCACAACAGUAACACAUCGACGGAUCAAGAUCGUAAAAGGAAAGUUGGCAAGUUAAUAGCUGUUACUCUCUCUCUCUCGAACAACUGCAUCACAGUGAUCAGCAACUACCGCAGCCUGCAUGAACUGAACUUUAUAUUUCCAUUGGACAAUUCAUUAUCCCCUAGACAACGAUAGAGCUUAUUUCUUAUUGAUUAUUAUUAUACCCGCACUUUUAGGUUUAAUACUGAUGACGUAUAUUAUCUGUAUAUUUGCAUUGACAUUACUUUUGUGUAUUUUUACUAAUAAAUACUGUUAAAAAUAGUAUCAUCAGACUUCAACGGAUACUCCCUAUCUUUGCUGGUAAGUUACCCAGUUACGGGGUUUGUAACAACUUGGGGGCUUGUCCGGGAUUUGAUACCAAAUUGGAGGGCCAGUGCGUCGGGCUUUUAAGUCCAGACUUGGAUCUGGUUGCGUGGGUAACCAGACGGGAAACCAGCAAAGAUGGACGUAGAUGAAUUUACAAAAAACCCGACUCCGGAGGCACUAGAGGAUGCCACAAAGUUGGACUUGGUAAACAUUGCGAAAAGAUUAAAACUCACAGAGGUGAAGCCGUCAAUGAAAAAGUGGGAGAAACAGAGGGCCAUAGCUCAGUAUUAUGUUAAUAAGGAGGUGUUUUCGGCUGAGGUAGUGGAACCUACCCCUGAAAAGGUACCAGCUAGUGGGAUGGCUCAGUUAGAGUUGGAAAAAUUAAGGUUGGAACAGAAGAAAAGGGAGUAUGAACUCCAGCUAAAGGAGUUAGAGGUGAAGAGGGAGCAUGAAAUUAGGAUAAAAGAGCUGGAAGCAGCUGAAAAGGAUAAGGAAAGAGCUGAAAAGCAGAGGGAGCAGGAAAGAGCUGAAAGGGAGAAGGAGAAACAGAGGCAGCAUGAGCUAGACAUGGAGAAGUUAAGGCAAGAACAAAGAGCUCAAGGAGCAGACCGAGAGGAGAGGUUUAAUGUUAGUAGGGAGUUUAGGUUAGUACCUCCGUUCGAGGAGACGGAUGUUGAUAGUUAUUUCUUACAUUUUGAAAAGGUGGCAGUGAAUCAGAAGUGGCUGAGAGAUCAGUGGGUGGCAUUGUUACAAAGUGUGUUGAAAGGGAAGGCACAACGGGCAUAUGCAGCGUUGUCUGUGGAAGAGGAGGAGUAUGAGAAUUACGAGGAAGUAAAACAGGCCAUUCUUCAGGCCUACAAUUGGUACCUGAGGCCUAUAGACUAAAGUUCAGAGAUUUAAAGUAAGUGUGGAAUCAGACGUAUGCAGAGUUUGCCUAUGAGAAGGGUGUGCUCUUGGAUCGUUGGUGUGCGGCAGAAAGAGUGGAAGAGGAUUUUCAGCGUUUCAGGGAGUUAAUUCUGAUUGAGGAAUUUAAAGGUUGUGUUUCGGAGCAUAUCUGGAUGUAUUUGAACGAGAAGCUGAAUAAGUCCAUAUCAGAAUUUGACAGGUUCACAGAUGAAUAUGCCCUAACCCACAAGACAAAGUUUUCCUCAAAUAAGAGUUACCAGAAAGACCGUAGGGACAGUAGAGUAAGCCCAACGGCUAAAGGAGAAACUAAGCCGGGAGCUAGUGGUGAAAAUAAGGAAGAAGAAAGGCAAGCUGGCAGGAGGGUUCCUGGCUUGACCUGUUUUAAUUGUGGAAAGGUGGGUCAUAUUGCAUCUAAGUGCUUUGCUCUGAGGAAGGAGACAGGAAAAGGGAACGCAGCAGACCCUACAGGGUGUAUUGUGUCGAUCAGCAAAUCGACGAGAAAGCCCCAGGUAGAUAGAAUACGAGAGGGGCGUGAGAAAUUUAUUUCAGAAGGGACCGUGUCUGUGAAAGAGGGAGAAACACCAGUUUCAGUGCGGAUCUGGAGAGAUACUGGAGCUGAGCAGUCAUUGAUUCUUGGUAAGGUACUAGAUUUUGGUCCUGAGAAGGGAGAGGUAGUUUUGAGAGGCAUAGGAAAAGGGACAGAAGCUGUGCCUUUGCAUAGGAUCAUUAUAAAUUGUGAUCUGGUAUCUGGACCAGUUGAAAUAGGGGCGCGAUCAGAAUUCCCGAGAGAAGGCGUGGACGUCCUUCUUGGUAAUGAUUUAGCAGGUGGUGACGUGUGUUCAGCAAGGAAGCUGACGAGCAAGCCUGUAAGUGUUGAGGACCCGCCCCUAGGUUCCAAGAUCUAUCCCGCAUGAGCGACCACUCGCAGCAUGUUGAGAAUGCAGCUGAGAAAGAGACCAGUUUAAAUCAGUCCAGUGUUGAUUUGGCUGAGACGUUUUUACCACCCUGUACCAAGAGGGGUUAGAGGGUGGUAAAACGGAGAAUAGGGAAGUGAAAGAGAGUAAAGGAGAGGAAAUAGACCUACCCUUAGCCAAGAGGGAAUUUGUUGAGGCACUGAGUAAAAAUGAGAAACAUAUAAGGCUAUUAGAAGGUCCAGGGUUGGACAUGGAUGAUCUGUCUGGCUUGACAGAACUGUUUGAAGAAGUUGAAAAUUUUAAAUGUUUUCCCAUAAUGAAAUGAGGGCAGUCCUAGAUAAAAAGGAUGCCAAUACCUUGAAGGAGUCUGCUGGGUUGGCAGAUGAGGUUGUUUUAACCCGCAGGGUUGAGUUUACUCUGGAAGGGAGUUGCCCAGAGAGUAACUGGGAGGAUCAGGAGAACUUAGAAUUUGAAAAGGGGAUGGGUAUUGAAAGCCUGGAAGAGGCAGAUGUCCCGUUUGAGUGUGUUCAAGAUGUGGAUGCACAUGGUACUGAACCUAGUAAUGAAACUCAGGAAAUGUCUGAGGUAUCUGAUUUAGUUGAAAAGGAAUGCAGUCCUUUUGGGUCAGAUGGACUUGGUUCAGUGAAGAAAGGGUUAACCUUGGUACUAGUGGGAAGUGAGAAUUCCCAGUUGUUUGUGUUCGAAGGUGUGUUCAAAGUUAGUGAGGAGAUAAAAGAUGGUGAUGUGGAUAUUAUUAUUGAAGGAAAAGGGAAAAGUGUAGUUCCUAAAUUGACUAAAGAAAAUUUAAAGUCUGGAUUGAUGUCAGAAGCAGUAACCAGGCUGAAGGAACAAUGGCUUGUUAACAAGGUGCCUGCGGAUCAAUUACAGUUUGAUUUGGAAUGUAAAGAUACCACACUCGCUAAUGUUAUUCAAGGGUGUGCUGUGAAGAGGCAGAAUUUGAAAUGUUGUUUGGACAAAGAGGGAUCACUUGCAAAUGUUAACCUGAAAACUAAUAGAAUGAAGGGUCCUGAAGAUAAAACUAAUGAAUUGCUUAAAAAGAAAGAAUUGUGUGGAAGUUCAGAAGAUGGGCUAAGUUUGAAAAACAUUGUUGAUAAAAUAACUCCUAUGAAAGGAGUAUGCGAAAGCCUAUUCCACACUGGUGAGCAAGCUAACCACUUGAGAGUUAAGUGGAAAAGGGGCGAAGGUUGAAAAAAUGCCACUUUAAAUAACAAAAUCUGGUUUUAAGGGAUUUUGACAAAGCAUGUAAAUAAUAAAGACAACACGAUGGAAGAUUGACUGUUGAGUUUAAAAGUAAAAUAAAGAUUAGUAUUUGCAUAAACUUUUGUAAUGUACUACAGAAUAAUCACACAUGUAUUGGUUCACAUUUUGUAUUAUAUACUUAAGAUCACAACCCUUUAGUUUUGUUUUGCUGAAGAAAAGGAAUAAAAAUAGGUGGUUAUUAAAUUGGAGUCUGAUGCUACAGGAAUUUAUUAAGGUACAAGAUAUUAAGAUAUUAAAGGAAGUGACAAUAAUCGCUAACUAUUUAGAUGCUAAAUUGAAUGUAUAACUAUUACUCUAGCGAAAAACUCUUGUAUUGUGUUAGAUUCUGAAAUUCUGUAAAACUCUGUAUUAGUUAAUUUUCCCCUUGGGUGAAAAUUCUUAGGAUGGGGGUGUUACGAAUGAGGAGCAACUCUGAUGGGCAGAAGGGUGCAAAGUCGCCCCCCCCCCCUUCUUGAGAAUCACAAAAUCGCUAUUAUUUCAGGUCUGAUACCCAGGAAAUGAAAGAGAUAAACAGCUCAUGUCAAUUAAUAAGAGAGAGGGACAACGCAGGGAUACACAAAGGUGGAAUGUCUCCUAUUGACAGGGAGAUUACUGCUAUUGUCUCUUGAAGAAGGAAUUGUGUAUUGAGUACUGUUCUAUUCAUUGAAACCCCUCGGGGGCAACCAGAGUGGUCUGGUUGAGGGAUUGCAUCAUCCCAACCUGAUUGACACCUGAGACCCCGUGAGUGGGGAUAAAAGUAGUGUCUGGGGAACACCCCUCAGACGCACCAGGAGAGAUGCUAUGAGACCGGUGGGGGCUUGUGUGUGUGUCCACCGUUGCCUGGGUGACGAGUCCUCCACGGAACGGUCUAGCUCAAAGACGAAGGGGUCAUACGUGAAUGGCCACAACAGUAACACAUCGACGGAUCAAGAUCGUAAAAGGAAAGUUGGCAAGUUAAUAGCUGUUACUCUCUCUCUCUCGAACAACUGCAUCACAGUGAUCAGCAACUACCGCAGCCUGCAUGAACUGAACUUUAUAUUUCCAUUGGACAAUUCAUUAUCCCCUAGACAACGAUAGAGCUUAUUUCUUAUUGAUUAUUAUUAUACCCGCACUUUUAGGUUUAAUACUGAUGACGUAUAUUAUCUGUAUAUUUGCAUUGACAUUACUUUUGUGUAUUUUUACUAAUAAAUACUGUUAAAAA